AUGCCAAAAGUUGUCAUCGUUGGCGCAGGACUUGUUGGAGCGUUAAAUGCCUGCUAUUUCGCACAACGUGGUUGGGAUGUUGAAGUUUACGAAUAUCGACGAGAUAUCCGAACAAUGGAGCACGUAGCAGGACGUAGUAUCAACCUGGCACUAUCGUACAGGGGAAAGUCUGCUUUAGAGGCCGUUGGUCUCAAAGAUUAUAUCGUUGAGCAAGGCGUCGAGAUGCAUGCCAGGCUUGUACACAACAAAGAUGGCAAAACUUACAGUCGGCAGCCAUAUGGACAGCCCGGUGAACAUAUCGUUUCGAUCAAUCGCAGACAUUUGAAUGAAGUGAUGAUCACACAAGCAGAGCAAUGCAGCAAAGUUAAAUUCUUCUUCGAGCACAAAGUGCGAUCAGUGGAUCUGGAUAAAAAGGAGCUAAUUGUCACAUUUACCGGAGGUUCAAAAAUACCACGCUUCGGAAGUCCGCAGAGCACAAAAGAAUCAGAUAUACAUGUAAAGGGAGAUCUCGUUAUUGCCUGCGAUGGUGCUUAUUCAUCUGUGAGGAGAAGUCUGGCAACUCAACCAAGGUUUGAUUAUUCACAAGAGUACAUAGGACAUGGAUACAUAGAACUGAAUAUUCUACCGAAAAAUGGAGAGUUUGCUUUGGAGCCCAAUGUAUUCCACCUGUGGCCAAGAGGAAAUUUUACGUUGAUUGCCUUGGCUAAUCGUGACAAAACUUUUACAGUGACGAUAUUCGCUCCAUUUGAGGACUUCGCAAGCAAAAUGUCCACACCAAACGACGUGGAGUCAUUCUUCCGAGAAAAUUUCCCUGAUGCGUAUGAGCUGCUUGGAAGGUCUCAUCUUCUGGAUACAUUCCAUCGCGUACGGCCUCAACCACUUGUCUCCAUAAAGUGCCGACCUCAUCAUUUCGGCGAUUUCGUCUUGCUUACUGGUGACGCUGCACAUGCCAUGGUACCAUUUUAUGGUCAAGGAAUGAACUGUGGUUUCGAGGACUGCUUGGUGCUAAAAGAAGCACUCGACGCUUGCAACGAUGACAUUCCAAAAUCGCUUGCUUACUACUCGGACAAGCGAGUAAAAGAUGCUCACACAAUCAAUGAUCUCGCAAUGUACAACUACGAAGAGCUGAAAGAUCUCGUCAAUCAUCGCUCCUACAAGCUCCGAAAAAAGAUUGAUCUUUUCCUAAAUCGAUUCUUUGCGGAUAAAUGGAUGCCUCUAUACUCGAUGGUUACCUUUUCACGGAUGCCUUACCACAAAAUCGUUGAAGAGAGGAAAAGGCAAGACAAGGUGCUUUCAAUAUUUCGACGAGGCCUCGCCAUAACGACAGCUGCAGUCCUAGUGGGUCUAUACUGCGCACGAAAGAAAGGAGUGCUCUAAUCAUUUUUCUUUUAGAAUAAAGAAAUUCAAAUGCUAGAGGAGAUAUCUCACUAUGUUU